GCCGGUAUCUAAUUAUGUUUAUUAGAUAAUUUCAAAAGUUGACAAUUGCAAUUUAAUUGAAUCACGCCGUAAUUUGGCCAAUUUUGCGUUAUCCUCGCCGAAAUUACGCCGUAUUGUAAUUUCGGUGGAAUUUUUUCAAAUUCCCAGGCUGCCAUGACAGUCCCUUUAAACAACAUUCCCGGCAAAAUGCUGAAUUAGGCCGACGGAAACCGCGCGAAAUCUCGUCGACUGCCGCUCAUAGGGCCAUGGGAGGCGCAUCAAAAUAAUCUGCGAAAAACGGGCGAAAUUUUGGUGUGCGCCAUUUCCCGCUUUUCCGUUCCUCCAGCGAAAAAACUUAGGUUAAAUUAAAUGUCAAGACCCCAUUAGCACGCGUAUCGUUAUUCGAUUGCGAAGUCGGCGUUCCGGCGACUCUCGCCGGCCAAUCAGAAUCGCGCGGGAAACACUCGUGACUUGCGCCAGCCAAUCGGGAGCGCGCGAUUUGAAUUCCCUCUUCGUUCUUUGUGGAUGACGACAAGUUUUGUAUACAUUCGUUGGGUGUAAAGUGCUGUCAGUGUUGAAUAUCUUUUUAUCCAUGAUUUAAACAAAAAUACGACCAGACACAACGAACUGCCGUCAAAUAACGCAUCAAAGCUAAUCGUCAUGUCUGCCGUCAUGGACAUGUACUUGAGCGCAUCCGAUUCAAUGUCAUUUCAAGACAUCUUGGACAUCGACAUUAAAUCCGAAAUAGAAUCGUUGGUCGGCGGUCAUAACGACUUUUCCGGCUUGAAUUUCUCGGAAUUGCCUCCACUGGAAUUGGAAGACGUUUCCGACAUAAAAUGGUUUUCGUCAAACUCGAACCAUUCAAAUUCCAGCUUAAAUUUAGAUUUUAACGGCGAAGAACGGACCACAAUGGUCAAUCCGAACGCCGUAAUGCCUGCUAUUUCCUUAGCCCAAAGUAUUCGUUCGCCGUCACCGACGUUAAAAGAAAGUCACUUAACGUUCUCUCCAUCCACUAUUAAAAUAACAACAAUGAAACAAGAAGCGAAUCAAGUGAAGAAAGAUCUUUUAAAACGGCUGAGUGACGACGACAGGGAAGACAAACCCCCUGUAUUGAAAACAAUAAGUAAAGUCACUCCAAUCAUCUCAAAACCUCCAGCUAGGACCAUAAGCAAACCGACGUUGUUAACUUUUAGAAAUACAAUUAAUAAACAAGUUAAUUCCCCUAUUACGGUAGCUCAGGUUAGUCACGUCACCACAGUUAAGACGGUAACUUCCACUAACCGAAAACUAAACAAUAACCGAUUCAGCGAAGACGGCGAACGGAUUUACCCGAAACCGGCAUACAGUUACAGUUGUCUCAUCGCAAUGGCGCUGAAAAACAGCCGAUCGGGUAGUUUACCCGUCUCAGAAAUCUACAAUUUCAUGUGUAAACACUUUCCGUACUUCAUAACGGCACCUAACGGCUGGAAAAACUCAGUCAGACACAAUCUUUCGCUGAAUAAAUGCUUCGAAAAGAUAGAGAAACCGGCGAUCAACGGGGCGCAAAGGAAAGGCUGUUUGUGGGCGAUGAAUCCCGCAAAGAUCAGCAAAAUGGACGAGGAAGUCCAGAAAUGGUCCCGGAAGGACCCUUCAGCCAUUAGGAAGGCUAUGAUCAAUCCUGAAAAUUUGGAACCGCUGGAAAGGGGCGAGUUGAAGUUCUCGUGCAGUUACGACGAAGGGGACACGUUUGGGGACUCCUGCGGGAGUGCCGAAAGUGAAGAAGGGUCGGAUUAUGAGGAAGGGCCGAAAAGGGACUUCGAGUUCGUGAUCAAGGCGGAGAACGAGGACGGCAGCGACUUCGAUAUCGAAGUCAAUAGUGAUCUUGAUGUUGAGGCUUCCGACGAGGUGUACGAGGACAUAGAGGAGGAUCAGCAGAUGUUACGAGUGGAGAUGGCGCUCGCUCAGAAGGAGCUAAUGGAGUACGAGAAGCCCGUCAACAGCAAGAGACGGAGGACGUACAUAGUCCAGAAUUAAGUUGGUAUUUGUAUAAACAGAUCGUGUCGGUGUCCAUCUGGUCACACAUCUCCAUAAGUAAAGUGAAGCUGUGUAAGAUUGGUGAUAAUUGUAAAUAAUUGUAACUUUCCUGCCCGUAUAUUUCUUAAGAUUAGUUGAUUCAUUGUUUUAUACUUGAAGACUGCCCUUUCGAUUUUCUUUGUUAAAAUCAACUAGUUUUAUGUUUUAUGAAACAAUGAAUUGAGAGAACAGUUUUGUUGUAUUUUGUAAAAUUUCGUCAUUUGCCAAGACAGUAUUUGGAAGUAGAUGUGGACUGAUGGCAAGAGCAAAAUUGAUCGGUCCAAAUGUGAAUGUCGCCAUUCACAUUCGGACCGCUUUUGUGUUUGUUUACAUAACGUGCCUUUGCUCCAAACUCAAUUUUAGGUCUUUGUAUUUCCUCUUGGUGGGACCAGUUCACAGAAUUUUAUUUGCUCUUAUUUUAUUCGCCACUUAAUGUAUCAUGUGAUAGUUUUCUCAUCCAAUUCUUGUUAAUUUAUUGUGUUUCCGACUGCGUUAAGAAACGCGUUUCUUAAUGCACUCGGAAUAAUUUACUAAUCAUCAGUAGUCUCGAUCGUCAAUGUAGGUAGAAUUUUUUAAUUUUUUAAGAGCAAAAGAGAACAGACUUUUUUUAUUAAAAAAUUCCUAGCUUUGCGUUGAAGCUUUUGUCUAAAAUUUUGUACUAUAUAAUUGAUUUUUGUAUUUUUUUAAUUUUAAUUUUAAGUGACUUGUUAUAAGCUGAUGUACAAAUUUUGUUAGUCUUAAUAAAUCCUUGUAAAAAUAAAAUCGUCACUUUCGAA